AUGUAUUUGAAGAAACCACUCUGGAGUGAAGGGAUCGAAACAGAGAAACAAAAUCCAACUGGAUCAUCAGAUCCAAAUGCUUCCGUGGUGGAGCUCGUGAAUUCACUUCAUCAACAAAGGGUAUAUCGGGAAGUUACUCUCGCUCUCACCGCCGGUCUCCCAGACGCACGCGCCGAAUUCUCGUUCCUCCGUCUCCGUGCUCUCCGUUCCAUUCUCAAUUUCCUCAAUUCCAUUGCUGAUUCCGAUUCUACUAUUUACCUCUUUAACCUAACCCAAUCCAUUCCCCAACUUCAAGUGGUUCCGGUUCUCUUUCAGCACUCGUUAAAGGAAACGAGCAAUGAUCACAAUUACAGUAAGCUAGUAGGAGAUAUGAGUCAUAUAUUUGGUGUGGAACCUAUGAAGUUAACUAGUCCGUCUACAGAUGAUGAAAUUGCACUUGCUCUUAGAGUCUUGGAAGGAUGUUGUUUGCUUCAUCCACAUAGUACUACUCUUGCCCAUCAACACAAUGCUGUUCAGGUUUUGUUGAAUAUACUAUCCACCCGUGGAGUUCUUGAGCAAAGUGCAUGCUUAGAUGCUCUGAUCUCAUUGAUGGUUGAUUCAUCACCCAAUCAAAUGGAUUUCGAGAAAUAUAAUGGUAUUACGCAAGUUGCCAACCUUAUAAGAGACAAACAAGUGGAUGAAAAUCUCAGGUUAAAGUGUGGAGAGUUUUUGCAGCUGCUCAUCGGACAUGUCAAUGGAAGAGAUUCACCUCCUUUGGCAACUAUACACGAAGACACAAGGCGUCUCCUAGGGGAGACAUCAGCCUCCUUGAUAUGGGCAGCCAGUCAGUUUGGCUCAACGCUUGAUCCAGAACAGAGACUAACUGCUCUCCAAAUCCAGGCUCGCAGGAUCCUUGAAUCAUUGGACUUGUAUUGA